ACCGAUCCGUUUUUCCAGUGCCUUCUUUCCGGCUCCGAUCCCAGUGCAAAACCACCCACAAUGAACACCAAACGCAAACCGUUCACCAAACCGGGCGGAGAAUCCUCCUCGGCCAGCUUCAACAAGAAACCACGAACCGGUGGCGGCGACGACGACGAGGAGGACUUUGAGAGCUACUUCGAGGCCGAGCUGGCCAACAUGGACGACGAAGCGGACGGCGCCGCCGCGGCUCACUCGAUCGGGCAGGGCCCGGAGGCGCAAAACACCUGCGCCAAGUGGAGCCGUCCGAAGCCGCGCGAGUACAACCCGGAGGUGGAGGGGUUGGUGUUCCAGCAGAUCGACAUCGACCACUACAUCGGGCAGCCGGUGCCGGGGAUGCCGGGGGCGCAGAUUGGACCGGUUCCGGUGAUGCGGAUGUUCGGGAUAACGCAGGAGGGCAACUCGGUGUGCGCGCACGUGCACGGCUUUACGCCGUAUUUGUACGUGGCGGCGCCGCGUGGUUUUGGGAAGAGUCACCUGGCGGAGUUCCGGACGGCGCUGGACAAGUCGGUGCUGAACGAUAUGCGGUCGAACAAGGAGAACGUGCAGGAGGCGGUGCUGGACGUGGAGCUGGUCGAGCGGCAGUCGAUUAUGGGGUAUAACGGGGAGGAGAAGUUUAGCUUUAUCCGGGUGACGGUGGCGCUGCCGAGGUUGUUGGCCGCGGUGAAGAGGCUGCUGGAGAAGGAGCAGAUGAUGCCGUCGAUGGACUUUCAGGACUGUCGGGUUUAUGAGAGUAAUAUUGACUUUGAUAUUCGGUUUAUGGUCGAUACGAACGUGGUCGGAUGCAGCUGGAUUGAGAUUCCCGAGGGGAAGUGGCGGAUUAGGAGGAAGGGAAAGGGGUUGGCGUUGGAGACGCGGUGUCAGAUUGAGAUUGAUGUGGCUUAUAAUGAGUUUAUUGCGCACGAUCCGGAGGGGGAGUGGAGCAAGGUGGCGCCGUUUAGGAUCUUGAGCUUUGACAUUGAGUGCGCCGGGCGGAAGGGAAUCUUCCCGGAGCCGCAGCACGAUCCGGUGAUUCAGAUCGCCAACAUGGUGAUUCGGCAGGGCGAUCAGGAACCGUUUUUGAGGAACGUGUUCACGCUGAAGAGCUGCGCGCCGAUCGUGGGGUCGCAGGUGUUGAGUUACGAGUCGGAACAGGAGCUGCUGGACAAGUGGGCGAGCUUCGUGCGCGAGCUGGAUCCGGACAUCCUGACCGGGUACAACAUCAACAACUUUGACAUUCCUUACCUGUUGAAUCGCGCGAAUCACUUGAAAGUCAAGAACUUUGAAUAUCUUGGUCGAGUCACGAACAUUCGAUCGGUGAUCAAGGAGACGGUCAUUCAGUCGAAGCAGAUGGGACGGCGCGAGAACAAGUCGGUCAAUUUUGAAGGUCGCGUUCCGUUCGAUCUGCUGUUUGUGCUCCUCCGUGACUACAAACUCCGCUCGUACACGCUGAACGCCGUGAGUUACCACUUUCUGCAGGAACAGAAAGAGGACGUCCACCACAGCAUCAUUACGGAUCUGCAGAACGAGAACGAACAAACGCGCCGUCGGUUGGCGAUGUACUGCUUGAAGGACGCCUAUCUGCCGCUCCGACUGCUGAACAAGCUCAUGUGCAUCGUCAACUACAUGGAAAUGGCCCGUGUAACGGGAGUCCCACUUCAGUGUCUCCUCACCCGCGGUCAGCAGAUCAAAGUCAUGAGUCAGCUCCUCCGCAAGACCAGAAAGUGCGGUUACCUCAUCCCGUCCUACCAGAGUUCCGGCUCCGACGAGCAGUACGAAGGCGCCACGGUCAUCGAGCCCAAGCGCGGCUACUACGCCGACCCGAUCUCCACCCUCGAUUUCGCCUCGCUAUAUCCCAGUAUCAUGAUGGCCCACAACCUCUGCUACACGACCCUCCUCCAGCCCGGCUUCAACAAGGAGAAGCUCGGCCUCACCGACGACCAGAUCACGCGAACCCCCGCCAACAACACCUUCGUCAAGGCCUCCGUCCGCAAGGGGAUCCUCCCGGAGAUCCUCGAAUCCCUGCUCGGCGCCCGCAAGCGCGCCAAGGCCGACCUCAAGGUCGAAACCGACCCCUUCAAGCGCUCCGUCCUGGACGGUCGCCAACUCGCGCUCAAAAUCUCCGCCAACUCCGUGUACGGCUUCACCGGCGCCCAGGUCGGCAAGCUGCCCUGUCUGGAAAUCUCCGGCUCCGUCACCGCGUACGGCCGCACCAUGAUCGAGCAAACCAAGCAGGAGGUCGAGCAGCGCUACACCGCGGAAAACGGGUACGAAAACGAUGCCGUCGUCAUCUACGGCGACACCGACUCCGUCAUGGUCAACUUUGGCGUCAAAUCGCUCGAGCGUAGCAUGGAACUGGGUCGCGAAGCCGCCGAAUUCGUCAGCGCCAAGUUCGUCAAACCCAUCAAGCUCGAGUUCGAAAAGGUCUACUACCCGUACCUCCUGAUCAACAAGAAACGCUACGCCGGCCUUUACUUCACCCGCCCCGACAAGUACGACAAAAUGGACUGCAAGGGCAUCGAAACCGUCCGCCGUGACAACUCGCCCCUCGUCGCCAACAUGAUGAACUCCUGCCUCCAGAAGCUCCUCAUCGAGCGCAACCCGGAAGGCGCCGUCGAGCACGCCAAACAGGUCAUCGCCGACCUACUCUGCAACCGCAUCGACAUCUCCCAGCUCGUCAUCACGAAGGAACUCGCCAAAACCGACUACGCCGCCAAGCAGGCCCACGUCGAACUCGCCGCCAAAAUGAAGAAACGCGACGCCGGCAGCGCCCCCAAACUCGGCGAUCGCGUCCCCUACGUCAUCAUCAACGCCGCCAAAAACACCCCGGCCUACAUGAAAGCGGAAGACCCGAUCUACGUCCUCGAGAACUGCGUCCCCAUCGACGCCAACUACUACCUCGAGAACCAACUCUCCAAGCCCCUGCUCCGAAUCUUCGAACCGAUCCUCGGCGAUAAAGCCGAAUCCAUCCUGCUCCGCGGCGAUCACACCCGAACCCGCGCCGUCGUCACCUCCAAGGUGGGCGCCCUCGCCGCCUUCACCAAGAAACGGGACGCCUGCCUCGGCUGCAAGGCCCUGCUCCCGGUGGGCUACGAAGGACAGGCCGUCUGUCAGCACUGCAAGCAGAACGAGGCGGCCCUCUACCAGAACGAACUGUCGGCCCAGCGAUCGCUCGAGGAUCGCUUCUGCCGGCUGUGGACGCAGUGCCAGCGCUGCCAGGGGUCGCUCCACGAGGAGGUCAUCUGCACGAGCAGGGAUUGCCCGAUUUUCUACAUGCGCACCAAGAUCCGGAUGGAGCUGGACACGCAGGAGAAGCGCGUCGGGAGGUUCGGGGUGCCGUCGUGGUGAAAGUGUUCAUUUGCUGGUUUU